CAGUCAAAACCGGAGAGAAGCUUAGCUGCACUGCAUCAACUGCAUCUGCAUGCAUGUAUUUAACAGACACCACUGGAGCUUCGCUAAUGGCGACAUCGUAGCUAGCUACACACACUGUACAUGCUGCUGAUCUCCUGCGAAAACUGAAGAUAACAGCCAGCUCUGCAUGCUUGGCUAGCCUAGCUAGCUGCAGGAUUAUUGCUGUGGUAAUUAUUGAUUUUGAUGCUAGUAUUAGCAUGUUGAGGAAGAGAGCUAAGCCAAGUAGCAGUAGUGGAGGCAGCAACAAGCAGCAGCACGAGAUUGCGUUUGAUCACGGCGGCGGCGGCGGCGGCGCGGCUGCCAUUUCGGCUCCCAAGCUGUUGGUGCCUUCUAGCUCCGGCGAGGCCUCGCCGGAGGCCGUCCUGAUGAGCCCCACCUCCACUCUCCAGACGGCCAGCGCGACGUCCCCGUGUAGUGGACGUACCACCGGCGCCGCCGCCACGGCCGUCCCGUUCUCCCGCCGCCGCCGCCACGGCGGCGGCGGCGUCGGGCGCGGGCCGGCCGACGGGGAUGGACAGUGCAGGACCCACCGCCCUUGGGACGCGACGAGGCCCGUCGGGCUCGGGCUCGUCGGCGCCCUGAACGACGACGAGGACGACGACGACGGAGAGGUCGACGCCGCCCCCGGCGACGCCGCGGCGUCGUCUGUCCUGACCGGGCAGAUCAGGCUCCGGGUCCAGACGAACUACUACGCGCCGUGCACGGAGUUCGGCGUCAAGAGCGGCGGCGCCGCCGUGCAGUACGCGCCUCCUCCUCGCCGCCGGUGGAUGUCGCCGAGGGAGAUGAUGGAGGAGAUGUCGGAGGACUACACCUGCGUCAUCGCGCGCGGGGCCAACCCGAGGACGACGCACAUCUUCGACAACCGCGUCGUCGAGAGCUCCGGCGACGGCGAGUACUUCCCGCCGGAGCUCUGGCCACCGAGCGCCGCCGGCAAGGGCGACGACGACGGCGACGGCGACUUCUUGCGCUACUGCCAUGGCUGCAGCAAGGACCUUGGCCUAGGCAAGGACAUCUUCAUGUACAGGGGUGAGAAGGCCUUCUGCAGCCACGAAUGCCGCUACCACGAGAUGCUAUUCGACGAGGGCAUCGAAGAACUCUGACACCGAUCGACUCGCCAGAUCUUCUAUUUUGUAAACUCCAACUUGCUGAUUCAAUCAGCCAGGUUAAUUUUCAGAAAUUGGAGAAGAAGAUCAGCGUGAUCCUGAAACUGGAAGUGGCUCAAGGCCUCUCCCUCCUCAAUUCCAAAUGGCAAAUGUUCAGAUAUUUGGUCUUUGUCAGAUCAUCUUAAUUAAUCUGCUCCCUUUUCUGGUUCUUGUAGAGUGGUAGCUAAGCUCAUUAGGUGAGCAAUUAGGAGCUAGUGUUCAGACUUCAGAGUUGAGAUCCAUGUCGCCUUCAGAGAUUGGCAUUGUCCCUGUUUUUGUUUAAGUAUGUAUAAGAGUGGUUCAUGCAACUGUUGCGUUCCAUGAUUUGCAUGUCAGUGAUGUCAUUAGUGCUAGUGACCAGCACUAAUGGCAGUGCUAGUGGGUCAGUGUGGUAAUAGUGGUACGGAUUGAUUGGACUGUCCAUCUCUAAGCAGCAAGUGUACAGUGUUGCAUUUGGUCUCUGCCUCUAGCUUAUUGCUGAUAGCUGUUCAGUUUUACAAGCAAUUCUGUGCAUGGAUGCUUUGUAAAUCUUUUGUUAGAGAGGAAAUCUGAAUCAUCUGAA